AUGUUGGGCACGUACCCAAAAGCAAUUACCGUGAAAUAUUGGGCGAGGCUAAUAUUGGGCGAGGCUAGUCUCCAGCGUCUGUUCCUUGUUACAAGCACAGCCCACCUCCAGUGUUACAAGGACAGCCCACCUCCAGUGUUACAAGCACAGCCCACCUCCAGUGUUACAAGCACAGCCCACCUCCUGUGUUACAAGCACAGCCCACCUCCAGUGUUACAAGGCCAGCCCACCUCCCGUGUUACAAGAACAGCCCACCUCCAGUGUUACAAGGACAGCCCACCUCCAGUGUUACAAGGACAGCCCACAUCCAGUGUUACAAGCACAGCCCACCUCCCGUGUUACAAGGACAGCCCACCUCCAGUGUUACAAGCACAGCCCACCUCCCGUGUUACAAGGACAGCCCACCUCCAGUGUUACAAGCACAGCCCACCUCCCGUGUUACAAGGACAGCCCACCUCCAGUGUUACAAGCACAGCCCACCUCCAGUGUUACAAGGACAGCCCACCUCCUGUGUUACAAGCACAGCCCACCUCCCGUGUUACAAGGCCAGCCCACCUCCCGUGUUACAAGGCCAGCCCACCUCCCGUGUUACAAGCACAGCCCACCUCCCGUGUUACAAGGACAGCCCACCUCCAGUGUUACAAGCACAGCCCACCUCCAGUGUUACAAGGACAGCCCACCUCCUGUGUUACAAGGCCAGCCCACCUCCCGUGUUACAAGGCCAGCCCACCUCCCGUGUUACAAGGCCAGCCCACCUCCCGUGUUACAAGGCCAGCCCACCUCCCGUGUUACAAGGCCAGCCCACCUCCCGUGUUACAGGCCAGCCCACCUCCCGUGUUACAAGGCCAGCCCACCUCCCGUGUUACAAGGACAGCCCACCUCCCGUGUUACAAGGACAGCCCACCUCCCGUGUUACAAGGACAGCCCACCUCCAGUGUUACAAGGCCAGCCCACCUCCCGUGUUACAAGGCCAGCCCACCUCCCGUGUUACAAGCACAGCCCACCUCCAGUGUUACAAGGACAGCCCACCUCCCGUGUUACAAGGCCAGCCCACCUCCCGUGUUACAAGCACAGCCCACCUCCAGUGUUACAAGCACAGCCCACCUCACAUGUUACAAGCACAGCCCACCUUCCGUGUUACAAGCACAGCCCACCUCACAUGUUACAAGGCCAGCCCACCUCACAUGUUACAAGGCCAGCCCACCUCACAUGUUACAAGCACAGCCCACCUCACAUGUUACAAGCACAGCCCACCUCCCGUGUUACAAGCACAGCCCAUCUCACAUGUUACAAGGCCAGCCCACCUCACAUGUUACAAGGCCAGCCCACCUCACAUGUUACAAGCACAUCCCACCUCCAGUGUUACAAGCACAGCCCACCUCACAUGUUACAAGCACAGCCCACCUUCCGUGCUACAAGCACAGCCCACCUCACAUGUUACAAGGCCAGCCCACCUCCAGUGUUACAAGGACAGCCCACCUCCCUCGAUCACAUUCAUCCUACCCAACUAAUUCCAGAACUUAUAAUGCAAUUUGCAAAGAACUGUUUCACAAAAUCCCCAAAAUGCUAAUUCCCUCACUCCACUACAGCGCUCUCCCUUAA